AUGGCAUACCAGGCCCAGAACCUCAUCUCUGAAGAGUGUCGGGUUGCUAUUAAUCAUGUGGCAUCUUAUGAGCUGCAUAUCAGUGAUGCUUAUUUAUCUAUGGCCUGUUAUUACAAUGAAGACACCGAAGCACCUCUCUUUGCCGCAUUCUUCGAAGACCAAGCUGAGGUGAAAAGGGAACAUGGGAAGCAGUUCCUAAGAUAUCUAAGACGACGUGAGGGUCAAAUCUGUCUUCCAGUGAUUAAGAGGCCUGAUAUAGAUACCUGGGGAACUGGUAUAAAGGCUCUAGAGUCUGCUCUGGAGUUGGAGAACAAAUUAACCCAGCUUCUGCAGGACCUGAAGACCGUGGCUUCAGACAGCAGUGAUAAGGAUCUUGUACGCUUCAUGGGAAAGUACCUGGAUAAACAGAGGAGGAACACAAGCUACCUGGAACACCAGCUUAUAUAUCAUAGGAGAUUAGAAAAGCAGGCCCAGCAGGAAGAACCAUUUGAAAAGCCUGCUGAGGUGUCAGGCCUUAAGAACCGACAGCACUGGGCUGCCUAUACUACCACCAGCCCUACAGAUGACAUCGGCACUGGAGAAUAA